AUGGAUUUAAAUGACCGGGAUUCGUCGGAUAUCCGUUCUGAGCACGCAAAGGCGCUCAAUCUCCUACGUCACAUCGGCCCGAUGAUGGAUUAUAGCGGCUCUACAGCCAGCAUCGAUGCAAGCCUACUUUAUUCAUACAACAGCGCAGUGCAGAGUAUAAAUGAGAUUAGGUGCUACCGUCCAAGGAGGAGUUUGGAGGAUUUACCCGUCGAAAUUUGGCUCGCGAUUGUUAAAGAGGCGACUCUGCCUGAACCAUACAGCCGCAAUGGAGCUAAUUUGCUCAUUAUUCUCACCCAGGUCAGUCAAACGUUGGCAAAAGCUAUUUUCCAGGCACCCACGCUUUGGAGCCAUAUCGCAGUGGACAGCGACGUGGAGGACUUGCAGGCAGUGACCUCGCUUUUUCUCACUCUCUCUGGAGAUUCUGUACUCUCGUUGGAGUAUGAAUAUGGUUCAGCAAGCAUCUAUGCUGUCGCACCGCUCCUUCUCCCUCAUGUCAGCCGGAUCCAGACGCUCUUCAUGCUUCAGGGAGAGCAAACUUUUCUUGGAGCCGACCCAUUUAUUUCCCGUGUUCCCUUUCCAGCUUUACAGCGGCUUGAGAUCCAGUAUCCCUAUCAUUCACACGAUCUAAGAGGGAUUCUUGAGCAGCCCAUUCCAAACAUUGCUAAUUUUGCAUCAAAAACUCCGCUGUUGUCGCCCGGGGCCCCGUUUAUUAUGUAUAACUCCACUGCUGGCUAUCUUCGAGUGACCAAAGGCAGGCUGACCGAUAUUAGCGUUCAAAUCGAGCGGAUUGAACAACUUGCCACUAUUAUGGGUAUCCCAUCUCUUAAGAAUGUCAAAUUGACUUCAAGGGGCCUCAACUUCUUCCGCUAUUUCGCACCAGGAAUCGAAAAAAGGUCCCAUCUAGCUCCGCAACAAAGUACACCACUAACCUGGGAGACGUUAAACUGUACUUGGGCAGCUUGGGACAUCAUGGACAACUUGACAAUGCGUUGUGGUCCAAGUCUUGUCGCUUUGGACUUGAGGGUCGAAAUGAGACAUAUCACGGCGUUUAUGAGGCGGUUUGCGGAUCUGCCUGCUCUCAUUCGGCUGAAUCUGAUUGUCGAGUGGAACAUGGAAGAGGGAUUCCCUAUUUUAGACGAGACACGCCGGAAUAUGGCUCAUCAUCUUCACACAUUCUCUCUAAAAAUCAAUGAAUACGAGACCUCUGAUGGUUAUCGAUGCGUAACUACAAAAAAGCAUCCUCUUUAUACGCCAGAAAGGUGUGCGUCCUUAGGUUCUUGGUUUUUUGAACGGGCUCCCAAUCUGAGGGAAGUUGAAUGGGAGCGCUUUGUUGGGCACAACGGUCUUCUUCACCAGCUCCAACAUCUGCUGGUUCUCAAUCUAGUAUUACUGGAUCCCCCACCAUCCUUUUCCGGCGACCUUCGGUCGACCAUGCUUCCAAGCCUCCUAUCCCUGACAUUGGACUGCGAUCCAGACCAGAUGUUUCUUCUGGCGGCUCCCAAGCUUCGAAGCUUGACAUAUUAUAACAGGACAUCUCAUAGCUACUUCUCUCACCACUCGAGUCAUUUCCAAGCGGAUCAGUGGCCUAACCUUCUGCAUCUCAGCAUCAUUCUAUACACGUCACAUGCCAAAUUUCACGGUACUUUCAUGAUAUGCAGGCUUACGCUUCGUUAUCCUGCCGCUGUCGCUAGCGCGUGUCACCAGAUGGCGCUUCAUCCGGAAAUAUUUCCCGUAUUGCAAGAGCUCGACUUGAUGAGCCCCCCUGAAUGGGAUAUUUUUGCAUUAUGCUCGAGAAACGGCUGA